GCGUCAGCUCGCGUGAUUUCUGAAAAUUAAACCCGUUUAAAUGUAAUUUUUCUGAAAAAGACAUUUUUAACGCGUGCUAACCUGCGUUAGGGUAUCAAAACUAUUUCAUGAGUUGUACUAAAUAUACCUGAAUAAGAUUUUAAUACAGAACUCAGUUUCUACUACAUGCACAAUGCAAAUUUUAGAAGUGAAACGUGUGUCUACUGAUACCUGUCAGAGCGUUACACGUCUUUUGCGCGAAUUGACUUUCCAGCGAAUUAAGAUAUGAUGGCAGUAAGCAUCAUGAGAGUAAGCGUGAAAAGAGUUUUAUUCGCAGAAGGGUGACUUCGCGGACGAGUCGGCGUACCCUGCCAGUUAUAUGUUAGUCCUUCUCUGGCUCUUCUAUUUAAAACUUGUUUUUUGACAAUAAUUCGUAAUGAUGAUCAUGAAUUUGAUACUCAUUGAACGCGUGGGUUAUUUUUAACGCUUAUCCUCAGAAAUCUGGUCUUUAGAAAUCCAUCUUAUAAUUUCAGUUUUACGGGCGUCGAUCCCACGAGUUUGCAGAAAAAUUUUUGGACUUACCGACUAAGUUUUCUGCUGGCUUUAAAGAAUUAUUACUCUCGCGUCUUCGAAAUUUCGUUCAUUUUUUUGACGUUUAUUUUAUUUAAAUAGUUUUUAUUCUUUUAAGGAAAAACUUAUUCGAUAAGACAAGAAAUAUCUUUACAAACUUAUGGGAUCGGCGCCUGUUAAACUGAAAUUAUAAGAUGGAUUUCUAAAGACUAGAUUUCUGAGGAUAAGUGUUAAAAAUAACCACAGACUCAAUGAGCAUCAAAUUCAUGAUCAUCAUCCAGAAAUACCGUAAACCCCCGUCCACAUUAGAAGCCCAGUGGGCUUCUAUUAUGUCCCGCAAGAAAGGCAAAAUUUUCUCAAAAAGUACCCUAUGGGGGCAGGGGCAUUUUCAAAAAAUUUCUUGCCAGACUGGGCUUCUAAUGCGGGUGGGCUUCUAAUAUGAGGAGGGUUUAGUAAAACAAGUUUUAAAGAGAAAAGCGUUAAAUCACAUGGAAACAUUUCAGUGGCAGUCACAUUAUUCAAACGGCCAAAAAUGCUUUUUUUAUCUUCUUGAUAAUACCUUUCUGUAGGAGUUUUUUUACCAUUUUCCGCUAGAGUUGAUUGUUAAACGAGCUAGUAAAACUUUUCAUCGUAUUUGUGAAAUAUCACCGCUAAUUUCUAAAAGAAUUUCAGAAUUAUACAGGAUUUCUUGCGAAUAAAAACGCAGUAUUUCCGCGCUUCUUUUCGAAAUUAGCUCUUGUCUUCCAGGGAUGAAUAACAACGUACAGCGCGAACUUUAAAAUAUCGAUUUUAGAUUAUGAAACAGAGAAUUCUAUUGCUUCUCAUCAAAAUCCUAACCAGUCGGUCUUAAGUAUAUUUCAAAAGAAUCAUCGUGUUCUAGGUUAAAAAGUUACUUUUUUCUAGCAAAAUAUAUAGGAAAAUGCACAAAAUCUUAAAAACACUACCGACCAAACACCGACUCGUUAAAAAUUCUUAUCGAUUCGCUUCGGUUUCAUUUCUAUCGACCGCCAAAAUCCUAGUUCUGUCUACUUGAAGAACAAUUCCUUGCUUGUGUCGUUGAGUGAUACCAGCUGACAAUCCGUUCCUAAGUGCAAUCGCUUGAGUAUCGCAAGUUCAAUGUUUACAUUUUUCUAUAAAAAGACAUACUCCUUCUGUAUCGUCACUAAUAUCAGAUAAUUUUCAUAUUUUAUAUUUUUAGAAUAAAAGUGACGUAUCAGUGUGGGAAAAACUUCCAGAUGAGGAAUAUGAAGUGAAGGAACACGAUUCUUCCCAAGAAGACGAAGAUAAUUAUCUCUUUCAAUCCACAGAUGAUAGCUAUGAUGCAGAGGAAGAAAGUUACGGUACAAGUAAUGCAAGAAUGUCUACAGUACGUGAUACUCGUAAUGAUGUUCCGAUCCAACAAAAUCGAAGUAAAUCGAAAGAUCGUCAACAUACGAUUGUUCAGCAACUAUCAUUUGUGACAGUUGAUCAAAAGGCGGUUACAAUCAUUGUCAAUGACAAUGAAGAAGUUAACGGAAUUUCUUAUGCUGAAGAAUAUUUAAAAUUGAACACAUCUGAUCUUCCUAGCAACUUAAUGCAAUAUCAUUUUGGAUUGAGUUUCAGUCAACGCUCAUUUCCACAACAACAAAGGAUAGAUCUAGCUCAAUUAUGUUCCUGUUUACAAUUUACAAAAAAAAAAUCGUCCAUUUUGGAUUAUGUUUAA